AUGAAAAGACGUCUCGACUCCUCCCCUUCUCCCUCUUCAUCUUUUCCACCCCGUAAUCGGCCUCGACGUUCAAAUUCAAACUCACAACUCAGAGCCAAACCUCAAGAAACUCCCCCUUCUACCCCUUCUACCGCUUGCACAAAUCGUUACCUUUCCACCUCAGUAUCUCGUCCCCAAGCCGAACAAGCUCAGGAGAAUUUUCCUCCCCGUGGAUUUCAAUCCUUACUAGAUAGACACGAAUGCGGCUUUGAGUCUGAUUCUGCACCCGCCAGUAUCAUCAAUGCCAUACCUUCCUCGCUACCUCCCCGCCCACCUUCUAAAGUCACACAAAAUCCCAUAUCUCAGAUAAAUAUGACUACCUUGCGUCAAGAAGAGGAAUAUACGAUAGUUGACCAAAUUUCUCUAAGACCUUUAAGCGGAUGGUCGACUAGAGAAACCUUUGACAAGGAAACAUUGUUAUAUCGAAAAGAGCUGGUUGGAAUCAGCCGCAAUAAUGUUAUUGUUGGUAAACUUAAUCCACUUGCUUUGGGUGGGAUGAAAGGAUUGAAAAGGGAGUUAUGGAGAUUAUUCAGGUCAUGCGGCAAGAUUUUAUCGAUCAUCGUAUUCAACGAGAACAAAGAGAGGUAUUCAUAUCUCGGUCAAAUAGAUUUCGAAGAUGAACAAAGUGCCUUGAGAGCUUUAGCCAUCAAAUACGGCUAUUUUCAUAAUUCCCAAUGGCGUGACAUAUUGAUAUCCAGACGAGCAUAUAGUCAGAAAACCUGGCGCCUUGCGAAGGAAUCCGACUUGAUCAAUUUGCAAGAACUUCGACUGAGGUCCAGUCAGAGAAACAUCAAGACUCCAAGAACGUAUGAAGAAGAAUAUGGUGAUCAGUGUCCUACGAUUCAUACUUUACCUAUAAGAAGAGACAAAGUCAGACCUUUCUCUGAACUUGGAGUAGAACACAAACCGCCUCUCCUGGAAUAUCGGAAGGAGUCACAAAUCAAUCACAACGAGUCAGUCAAGGUUAGCUCAUCUAAACGUGCUGAAAUCCAACGAAAAUUAGAAACUGAAAGACAAAGAAUGGUCAAAGCAGUUCACCCUGAUUUGGUGGGACUUUUGAAUCACGAUUGGAACCAGAAUGAUCAAAUUUGCACUCAGAGCGAAAUGGAGGAUGAACAGUUUGAGGCAGAGCCAGAGGAUAUUGAUAUGGAAGAUUUUGAUGAUAACUAUUGGUGGGAUUAUGAAGAUUCGGAAGAUUGGAAGAAGUCAGUUCGCGAAAAAUAUCAGUGGAUCCGCUGA